GCUGGUGGAAGCGUGGGAGGGGGUCCUGUCAGGCAGAUAUAUUUUGGGAAGGAGGAGGAGCAGCCGGGGGUGGGAUGGAGCAGCAGGGAGGAGCUCCCCCUUUUUUGCUGCUCUCGUCAAGCCUUUGUCAGCCUCUGACCCUGCCCGCAGGGAGCCAUCGCCAUGCUGAGCCUUCUUCUCCCCACAGGCGGGCAAGGCUCCAGCCCAAGACACUUUCCCGGCGUGCAGGAGGCACCUGGGUGUGUUUCCCAUGGAGAUCCGACGCGCUUUACCCCAGGAUAUCCGCGAGCUGCUGCACUGCUUGAAGAUGAGGAGCAAGUACGCCGUCCUGCUGGUCUUCGUCAUCAGCCUCAUCAUCAUCGAGAAGGAGAACAACUUCAUCUCCAGGGUGUCGGACAAGCUGAAACAGUCCCCGCAGGCACUGGCAGAGGCCAACAGCACGGAGGGCAGCCCAGCACCGGCCAAGAACGGCUCGCUGGCCUCGCUGCAGGAGCUGGACGCUGCCUUCUCCCAGCUGAGGUCCCACCUGCACAACAUCACCCUGCAGCUGGCGGGUGACGGGCAGCCCGGGCCGCGGCGGCACGUCCUGCUGAUGGCCACCACCCGCACCGGCUCCUCCUUCGUCGGGGAAUUCUUCAACCAGCAGAGCAGCAUCUUCUACCUCUUUGAGCCCCUCUGGCACGUCGAGAAGACGGUGAACUUCCUGUCGGGGGCAGCCAGCGCGGUGGGCUCGGCCGUGAUUUACCGCGACGCCCUCAAGCAGCUCUUCCUCUGCGACCUCUACAUCUUGGAGAACUACAUCUCCCCGGUGCCCGAGGGCCACCUGAUGCCCUUCUUGUUCCGGCGGAGCUCCAGCCAGUCGCUGUGCGAGGAGCCCGUCUGCACGCCCAGCACCAAGAAGGUUUUCGAGAAGUACUACUGCAGGAACCGCCGCUGCGGGCCCCUCAACAUCACGCUGGCGGCCGAGGCGUGCCGGCGCAAGCAGCACGUGGCCCUCAAGACGGUGCGCUUCCGACCGCUGGAGUUCCUGCAGCCGCUGGCGGAGGACCCCCGGCUGGACCUGCGCAUCAUCCAGCUGGUGCGCGACCCCCGCGCCGUGCUGGCCUCGCGCAUGGUGGCCUUCUCCGGCAAGUACGAGAGCUGGCAGAAGUGGUUGUCCGAAGGGGAGGCUUCCCUGCGAGAAGAGGAGGUGCAGAAGCUGCGGAGCAACUGCGAGAGCAUCCGCGUGUCGGCGGAGCUGGGGCUGCGGCGGCCGGGCUGGCUGCGGGGCCGCUACAUGCUGGUGCGCUACGAGGACGUGGCGCGGGCGCCGCUGCGCAAGGCGCGGGAGAUGUUCCGCUUCGCCGGGCUGCCCCUCACCCCGCAGGUGGAGGAGUGGAUCGGCAAGAACACGCAGGCACCCCGCGACGGCAGCGGCGUCUACUCCACGUGCAAGAACUCCUCGGAGCAGUUCGACAAGUGGAGGUUCAGCAUGCCCUUCAAGCUGGCGCAGGUGGUGCAGGACGCCUGCGCCCCGGCCAUGCGGCUCUUUGGCUACAAGCUGGCCAGCAGCCCCGAGGCGCUGGCCAACCGCUCCUUCAGCCUGAUGGAGGAGGCGCAGCCCGCCUGGGUCACGUAAUGCUGAACGAGGCGGAACGAGGGGCUGCGGCCGCGCUCCCGGCCGGUCCGGAGAUGACCUGGGGUGUCCCUGCUCCCAAAAACGCUCCUCGCUGCUGCCAGACGGCAGCGCCGGGAGCCGGAGCGUCCUGGCAGAGCUGGCCCCAGGGUCCUGCAGAGCCUGAAUUGCACGGUUUCUCCGGGAAUGGGGAAAUGGGAAGGGUGAGGGGCGGUGGGGUCGGCAACAGGGCCGCCUCCCCAGCUCGGGAGCUGCACUGAGGAAGAGGAGGGUGACGGCAAGCAGAGAGGGACAGGAUCAAGCACCUCUGCCUUGCCACCCCCCGUGCCAGCUGGGACGGGGCAAGGACAAAAUUCCUGUGGUGCCAGCAAACACCCAGACCACAGAGACCUUCCUGGUUUAGUGCCUUCUUCAUACACCAGCACGGACUGGAAACUGCCCACAGAGCCCUGGACGGCACUUGGGCUGCAACAGAAUGAAAUGACUAUGGUUUGGUGCUCUUUAAACUUGGUUUUGGUGGUUUUGGGUUUAUUUCCUUUUUUUUUUUU